GUUUGGGAGCCGCGCCAACUCGUGCUCUUUGAAUCCCUAAUAAUCCCGUCACCUACCUGAUUCUGCCUGCCAUCUCGAGACGGGAGCGCGCAACCAUUGCAGGCGGUGCUCUUCUCUUCCUACAUCUAGUCUGGUCGCCGGCACACGAUAAAGAACCUCGACCCGUCAUCCUCCCCGGGGACUGAGCGCCCCGUGUGCCGCUACCCCUCUCCGCGAAGGCGAGGUGUCUACUUCAUACUCCGUAUCUCGUUCCUGCCUCGAUCCAAACCGACUUCGACACUGUCUGUCUGCUCACGCUGCCUUGUCGCACCUCGCCCAACAUGGCGACCAAUCCCAUGCACAACCUGACAACCCUGAUUAAGAGGCUCGAGGCUGCCACGUCUCGCCUCGAGGACAUCGCACAGGCAUCCUUCGAACAAUACAACUCUACACCCACCCCCCCUCAGCACGCAGGCGUCGCUGCCGGCCCUCCUGCCCCUGCAUCCCCCGCCCCGCCCCAACCCGCGACAGCGCCUAGUCCGCCCGCCGCCGCCCCCGAGCCCCUCCCCGAGUUUAUCGAAGAAUUUGACAACCUCGUCGACCAGUCGCUUGCCAAAUGGCUCAAGAUUAGCAACGAUGUGGGCGGCGUAGUUGCCGAGCAGGCCGUCAAGGUUGUCGAGGCGUUCAAGGAAGAGCGCAAGUUCCUGCUCAUCACGACCAAGGCGAAGAAGCCCGAUCUCCAGGGCGCCGACAUGGCUGUUUUCCAGGACCUCGUGAAGCCGAUCGGCGCCCUCAUGACGGCUGUCGGGAACAUCAAGGACCUGAACCGCGGCGACAAGCACUACAAUAACCUCUGCACCGUGGCCGAGAGCAUCAUGGGUUUGGCCUGGGUGACGAUCGACGUCAAGCCGUUCAAGCACAUCGAGGGAAGCCUUGCCGCCGCCGAGUUCUGGGGCAACAAGAUCCUGACGGCCAACAAGAACAAGGACGAGCAGCAGAUCGAAUGGGUCAAGGCAUUCUACCAGGUCUUCCGCGACCUCACCGACUAUGUUAAGAACUACUUCCCCAACGGCAUUCCCUGGAACCCGAAGGGCGUGCCGGCGGCCGAGGCCGCCAAGGCCGUCAACUCGGCAUCCCCUGCCCCGGCAGCUCCCUCACCUAGCGGUGCUCCCGCUCCCGCUCCCGGCCCCCCUCCUCCGCCGCCUCCGCCGGGCCCGCCCCCCGUCCUUAAGAUCAACGAGCAAAAGUCGGAGCCGAGCCCGGCAAGCGGCUUCAGCGCCGUCUUCUCGGAACUGAACAAGGGUGAGGCGGUCACCAAGGGUUUGAGAAAGGUGGACAAGUCCGAAAUGACACACAAGAACCCAUCUCUGCGCGCCGGGUCGACCGUUCCCGACCACGGUUCCUCGGUUCGCGGAAAGAGCCCUGCGCCCCCGGGCACCAAGCCCAAGCCCGAGAGCAUGCGGGUCAAGAAGCCGCCCAAGAAAGAGCUUGAAGGCAACAAGUGGACAAUUGAAAACUUUGACAAGUCACCCGAGCCCAUCGAGGUUGAGGUCUCCCUGACGCACUCGAUCCUCAUCUCCAAGUGCAACAAUGCUACUAUCAUCCUCAAGGGCAAGGCCAACGCGGUGACGGUCGAGAACACCAACCGGAUCUCGCUCAUUGUCGAGUCGCUCGUCUCGACCGUCGACGUGGUCAAGUCGCAGAACUUCGCCCUACAGGUCCUCGAAACCAUCCCGACCAUUCUCAUGGACCAGGUCGACGGUGCCCAGAUCUACCUGAGCAAGGAGAGCUCCUCUACUCGCGUCUACUCGAGCAAGUCGGCGAGCAUCAACCUCAACGUCCUCACCGGCGACGGCGACGACGCCGACUACAAGGAGCUCCCGUUGCCCAGCCAGAUCUGCUCCUGGUGGGACGAGGGCAAGGGCGAGGUAGUGAACGAGAUCGUCUCCCACGCCGGUUGAGCGACCGGAUGCGUGUGGCAGCAAAAGCGGGCGGCGGGUGAGAGGAGCAAAGUCGGGUACAAGGGAGGGGAAAGAAAGAGCUUUGGAUCCGGAUGUGCUAUUUUGUAAAAAGAUCAGACACUCAACCAAGUGCGGAGUCAGCCGCACCACUUUAGGCACAUUUACCCCAUGUUAUCGGCGGCCGGCCACCCCUUGUUGCCGAGACCACUCCCACGCUACACAACUAACAUCUGCCGGUGCUUCGCUUAGCGGGUUACCAAAAUGGAUACUAACUCUUGAUGGCCAGAGCGCGGCCUUCACAUGCUUGAGA